UUAUUGUAGAGAUCUUGCGCUCUUUGUUCGUCAAGCGGCGUGAAUGGUUAUCGACAUGCACUGUAAAUACAUUUACUAAUCAGUUAAUGCUGUGUAUUGUGCUGAGGUCAAACUGGUCACGCGAGCAGUUUCGUAAUACAUCCGUGAUGUCAUAACAAUGACGACAGCUCAGUGACGCAAGCAGGUUUGUGACACAGAUGUGCAGCAAUGAAUGGCUCCAGGCUGAACUAGUGUGUCAACAUCUGGAUGACUGAAGCUCGCGAUGCGGAUAUCAUCCGAGAGCAGCGACGCUCGUUUCUUAUGUUGAUGUUUCAUGUUUAUUGAUCACAGGUCGAUUAUUGGCGGUGAUAGCGCUCGUGUGUUCGUAGCUAGGCUCGCGGUCUCGUCAUGCUUCAGCUGGGAGAUGAGCUCGCGCUGUUCUCGAUUGUCUUCGUCGUGGUUCUGCUGGGAACCAGGAGCGCCGUCUGGCCCACGGUGCUCACGGCCUCUCUCUACCUCUUUCUGGUGUUGUUCCGGUUCCCCCGGGUCCCCUCCAGCCGGGCCAGACAGCUGCUCCGGCCCGCAUCCGGCGCGUCAGCGGUGGCGCACCGCGGCGGAGGACACGACGCCCCCGAGAACACCAUCGCUGCUAUACGCGCGGCGAGUGAGAAUGGAGCCAUGGGUGUGGAGCUGGACCUGGAGUUCACGGCUGAUGGGGUUCCCAUACUGAUGCACGAUGACACCGUGGACCGAACCACGAAUGGAUCGGGGCCACUGAACAAGCUGCUCUUCUCUGAAUUGCGCAAACUGGACGCAGCAGCCAAACACAGACUCAGUGAGCGUUUCCGAGGUGAGAGAGUGCCAACGCUGCAGGAGGCUGUAGAGGAAUGCAUCAAGCGCCAGCUGACCAUCUACUUUGACGUCAAAGGGCAUCCAGAUGAGGCAGCUGCGGCACUGAAAGAAUUAUUCCAGAAGUAUCCGGUGCUCUACAACACAAGCAUCGUCUGCUCAUUUGAGCCCAAAGUCAUCUAUAGGAUGCGGCAGGCGGAUCCUAAUGUGGUGACCGCACUGACCCAUCGGCCGUGGAGUCUGAGUCGGUUGGGAGACGGGACGCCGCGGUUUUCGUCCGCGUGGAAGCACCACUGGAUGCAGGUGCUGGACGUGCUCCUGGACUGGGCCCAUCAUCACCUGCUGUGGAACCUGUGUGGAGUCUCUGCCUUCCUGGUGCAGAAGAACUUCGUCUCGCCGGACUAUGUGCAGUACUGGGCAGCCCGAGGCGUAGAGGUGGUGGGCUGGACGGUGAACACGGCUGUGGAGAAGCAGUACUACCAGCAACUACUGAAGAUCAACUACAUCACUGACAGUCUCGUAGAGGACUGUGAACCUCACUACUGAAACACCACACUGUACAAUCGCUAGUUUAGGCCUUUUAUAAUUCAAGCUACUAAACUGUUCUGCUUGACUCAAAAUAUUGAAGUAUGUGUCUGUAAUGAACUGCUCUGAUUUAGGCAGCAUGCUGUAGAGACUUGAAACUUACAGGGUAACAGAGUGCUUUCAUUGAGUGAAAUGUAUAAUACGGGAGAUAU